AUGUCGGAACCAGGCCCCGAGUCCGUCCCUACAAGCGCCGACCCACGCAGCAAACGGCCCACCAAACGCCGCGCCAUAACCCCCGUCUCCGAACACGCCAACCAAAUUGAAACCCUCUUCAAAGACCCUUCAAAGGAGCUCCGACUCCCCGGGGCCCCGAAAGAACGCACCUCAUCCUCACUCGCCCCGCCACCAGAAAUCGUCGCCAAUGUGCAGGGUUCAUCGGCGGGUGCGGGCUCCGGCGAGUUCCACGUCUACAAGGCGAGUCGGCGGCGCGAAUAUGAGCGUCUGCGACUGAUGCAGUCUGAGGUGGAUCGGGAGAAGGGGGAUGCGGAGUGGGAGAAGCAGCGGGAGGAGACUAAGCGCAAGGAUGAGGAGAAGACGGAGAAGAAUCGGCGGAGGAGGGAGAAGAAGCGCGCGGCGAGGAGUGGGAAUAAGAAGGCCGAUGGUGGGAAUGGGGCUAUGGAUGUUGAUAGGCCGUCGAUGAAGGGACUUCUGCCGCCGAACCGGGAUAUGGAUCAGUCUGCGGAUGGUGUCGAGGGUUAUCCAUCGGCCGAGGUACCUGGUGUGAUUAUCCAUGAUGAAGAUUGA